UAGCGGCACUACCUCUUGACGCAACGUUUAAGCCAUUAAUUCUCUUAUAAAUACCAAUUACAUAGUAUAACACAAUCACCUUUAGUAAAUUUUGCAAUCAGAGAACAAUAUUAAAAAUGAAGAUAAGUGUGGGACGAAUAAUAAGUUUUGUAAGUGUACUCUUUUGGUGUGUAUCGGCUCAAAAUUCUGAAGAAGAUUAUCUUAAGGUUCACAACGCGGCGCGCAAAGGAGUUGGGGUUAAACCACUGAAAUGGGACAAGGAGCUAGAAUCAUAUGCUCGUGCGCACUUGAAUAAGCACGCUGAAGAUUGCAAGCUGGAGUCAUCGGAAGGUCCUUACGGUGAGAACUUAGUGCUUGGAACUGGUAUUUGGAAAAACCUUACUGGAAAAGAAGUUGUUGAAUUGUGGGUGUCAGAGAAACAAUACUACGAUGAGAAAUCCAACUCGUGCUUAGGUGGUGAUGACGGUGACGACGAUAAAUGUUUUGGUUAUACUCAAGUUGUUUGGAGUACCACUACACAUGUGGGGUGUGCUAGAGUUAGGUGCUACAAUGGAUCAAUCAUGGUUAGUUGUAACUAUAACCCUCCAGGAAACUAUAGAGAUAAACGACCCUACUAAUUAAGUAGCAACAGUGCUAGGAACCAAUAAGGUACUAGUAAAAAAUCAGCCAAAUGUCUUUGGGUGAAUCUAAAAUCUCUACGUGGAUGGUGUUUAUGCUAGGUAUUAGGAUAUUUUUUCUACUAAGUAUCAGAAUGUUUCUUUUUCAUACUAAAUGAAUGGUCUUUUAUAUAUUUUA